AGUCCAGACCCUACCCAGACCUGGACCCACCUGAGCAAACCACCUGCUCUUCCAGAGCUGACUCCAGAGAUGGCGCUGACCCGGGGGCUGCACCCCCUCGUCCUGCUGCUGCUCUGCUGGGGGCCCUGUGUGGCAGGGGCCCAAGGGACCUACCCCCUGCAGACCCUGCGCUGCCAUAACGACUACACCAGCCGCAUCGUCUGCAGGUGGGCGGACACCAAGGAUGCCCAGCGGCUGGUCAACGUGACCCUCCACCGCAGGCUGAACAGGGGCCUUCCACAGCCAGUGUCCUGCGAUCUCAGUGAUGGCAUGCCCUGGUUCGAUGGCCAUUGUCCCAGCUGUGUGCCUAGAAUAUGUGUCAUUCCCUAUGAAGUUUUUGUCAUUGCUGACCAUGACUACUUCUCAUUCCGACCGGACCAGCCUCUGGGCGCCCAGCUCACCGUGACUCUGAGUCAGCAUGUGCAGCCCCCCGCACCCAGGGACCUCAACAUCCGUGCUGCCGGGGACGGUUUCCUGCUGUCCUGGAGUGUGGCCCAUGGGAGUUCCCAGAGCCACUGGCUGUCCAGCCUGGAGUUUGAGGUGGUCUACAGGCGGCUUCAGGACUCCUGGGAGGACGCCCCCACCAUCUACUCCAGCACCUCCCGGGCCAUCCUGGGGCCAGAGCACCUCAUGCCCAGCAGCAGCUAUGUGGCCCGAGUGCGCACCAGGCUGGCCCCGGCCUCGGGGCUCUCAGGACGGCCCAGCCAAUGGAGCACAGAGGUUCGCUGGGCCUCCCCGCCAGGGAAUGAGUCGCAGCCCCAGAACCUCCAGUGCUUCUUCGACGGGGCUGCCCUGCUCCGCUGCUCCUGGGAAGUGAGGUCCGAGGUGACCCGCUCGGUCUCCUUCACCCUCUUCUACAAGUCCGGCCCCAGUGCAAGGGAGGAAGAAUGUUCCCCAGUGCAGACGGAGGAGACCAGCAGCCCUUACGUCCGGCACUGCUGCCAGAUUCCCGUGCCUGACCCCAGGAACCACAGCCAGUACAUCGUCUCUGUUCGACCAAAGGAGGAAGAGAAACUUAUAAAGAGCUCAGAUAACAUCCAGAUGGCUCCUCCAACCCUCAACGUGACCAAGGGCAAAGACGGCUACAUCCUGCACUGGAAAGAAGAAAAAAUGAACUAUGAACACAUAGCUUGCAUCUUCCAGGUCCAGUACAAGAAAGAAGCAGCCUCAUGGGAGGAGACCAAGACAGAGGACUUCCAGAAUGCCCACAGCAUGUGCCUGCCACCUCUGGAGCCUGCCACCAGGUACCAGGCCAGAGUGAGAGUCAAACCUGACCCCCAAGGCUACAACGGGAUCUGGAGCGAGUGGAGUGAUGGGAGCUCCUGGGACACCGAGUGGGUGCUCCCCACGUGGGUCCUGGUGCUUAGCCUGGUCAUCAGCACCUUGAUCCUGCUCGUGUCCCUGCGCUUCUGUGGCAUCUACGGGUACAGGCUGAACCAGAAGUGGGAAGAGAAAAUCCCCAACCCCAGCAAGAGCCACCUGUUCCAGAACGGGCGCACCGAGCUCCAGCUCCCACACGGCCUGCGCGGCGUCGGCAGUGGGAGCCCCGCACACAGGGGGCUCUGGGGCGGCAGCUCCGCUCAGCUGGAGGGGGUGUCCCCUGUAGACUUCGGGCACAGCGAGGUGUCACCUCUCACCACAGAGGACCCGAAAGAUGCCUGUGACUCAUCAUCUGAGCCUGACAUGACUCUGGUCACCUCGGACCUCCUCACGGAGCAGCCGCCCAAGCCCCCGCCAGAGCUGGCCACCCCCGCAGGCAGGCCUGAGAGCCAGGAUUCUGGCUUUGAUUUCAAUGGCCCCUACCUGGGGCCACCCGACAGCCGCUCCCUGCCGGACAUCGUGGGCCAGCAGGGGCCCCUACAGACAGGCAUGAGCAGGAAGCCGCAGCCCCCAGGGUCCCUGGAGUACCUGUGUCUGCCCACAGGGGGGCAGGUGCAGCUGGUCCCACUGGCCCAGGUGAUGGGGCUGGGCAAAGCCAGGGAUGCGGACCUGAGGUCCAGCCCAGGCACCGAGGGGAACCCUUCCCUGGAGCCAGGGGCAGGCCCUGCCCCUCCUGAGCCUGGGGUGAUGGUGGGUGGUCAAGGCCCGAAGGACAGGGCCCCCCCAGGUCUGCCCACUGGCUCUCGGGGUCCUGAGGAAGGCACUGUGGCCACUGGUUACGUCACCACUGCAGAUCUGACAUUCACCCCACCCACAGGGUCCCCAUCUCCUUCCCAGGCUCCCCCUCUGAACCUCCCCUCAGACCAGCACCCCUACUUCCGUCCUGGACUGGGUGAUGGUCCCCCUGGAUCCCUAGACCCACGGAAGCCAGAGUUCGACGGCUAUGUGGAGCUCCCUCCAACCCCAGGCCAGUUUCCCCAGUCCCCUCUGGCCAGCCCUGCCCCUCCUGCAGCCAACAGUCCUGACCUGAUCCCAGGGCCGCCCCGGGCAGAUGUGUUCUCAGUCUCCCCAACCCCUGAGGGGCUCCUCGUCCUGCAGCAGGUGGGUGACUACUGUUUCCUCCCUGGCCCAGGGUCUGGCCCUGUCUCACCCCAGAGUAAGCCCACCUCCCCAGGACCCUGUCCUGAGAUCAGAGACCUCAACCAGGUGUUCCAGGCCAAGAAGCCCCCAUCUCAGGCCAUUCCCCAGGUGCCGGCCAUUCAGCUCUUCAAAGCCCUGAAGCAGCAGGAUUACUUGCCACUGCCCCCUUGGGAUGUCAGCAGGCCUGGGGAGGUGCGCUGA